CACUGACGGAAAAAUUAGUGCACUCGGCGCGUUCGAAGCUCGUUUACACAUACAUCGAUUGUCAGUGAUACCUGCUUAAGUUGCUAAACGCUCAUUCAACUCAAUUCGGACGUUGAACGGUGUGAUAAAAGCAGUUAAAAGGAAUUGCUGUUGACACGUUUUUUGGUGAAGGUUUUAAUAUUUUCCAGUGCGAUUCAAUGUCGUUGCCGACGUGGUUAUUAUUUGCGAUGUAAACUCAUUUCGGCAGGGGUCCACGGAUGAGGAACAUGGACCGAGAUGAAAAGCUAGCGCAGGCGGAGAUCGCAACGCUUGUCGUAAUAUUCGUCGCGACGGUUUUAGGAAAUGGCCUCGUUUUGCUCGCAUUAUGGACUAGAACAAGAUCUUACGGACCAAAGAAGCUAUCUCGGAUGUUGUUCUUCAUUUUGCACCUUUCUAUGGCUGAUCUCAUAGUAGCAUUUUUCAGCGUUCUUCCACAAUUAUGUUGGGAAAUCACAUACAGAUUCAAAGGAGGAUGUUUCCUGUGUAAAGUUGUAAAGUAUUGUCAGACGUUGGGUCCUUACCUAAGCCCAUACAUAUUGAUGGCAACAGCUGUGGAUCGAUAUCAGGCUAUAUGCCAUCCUUUAACGUACUGGGCGUGGUCGUCAAAAAGAUCCAGCGCCAUGGUAUAUGCCGCCUGGAUAGCAAGUCUACUCUGCUGCGUACCGCAGCUAACAAUUUUUUCAUACAUUGAAGUGGAACCUGGAGUAUACGACUGUUGGGCCACAUUCGCAACAACGUGGGGUGAAAAGGCUUACGUGAUUUGGUACGCAACUUCAGUAUUCAUUGUACCGCUCACGGUACUGAUUUAUACGUACGGCUGCAUUUGUCGGGAAAUUUGGCGGUGCACCGAUUCAAAAAUGAGCCCCCGCCACUCCAACGAAUUGAAAGGGGCGGGUCUGCCUUUGAUUUCUAGGGCAAAAAUCAACACCGUUAAGCAGACGGUGGCGGUUAUAGCGUUGUAUAUUUUGUGUUCAACGCCAUUCAUCAUGGCCCAACUGUGGGCCACCAUCGACCCCACAAGUUCCUUCUUGGAAGGUCCUGUGUUCACAAUCUUGGGCCUUCUAUACAGUCUAAACAGCUGCGCGAAUCCCUGGAUUUAUCUUUCUUUUAACAAAGAACUGUCCAAAUUACUACUUAAUCAUUAUUUAUGUCGUCACAAAGACGAUUACGUAGAAGCCAGCGAUGGUCCUCGAUUAAGCAACUCCUCUGGAGAACAAAUUACAACAGUGAGAAAUUCCCAGCCCAGCUUAGGAAAAUUUCAAGACGACUAUUAAAACUCCUGUAUCUAGAAUAUAAUUUGUGUAAGACUAAA